AUGGGAGAUCUCAUUGGUUUCGAGGGCUAUAUGAAUACAACAACACCAUUUUCUGUCAAGGAACACAAGGCUUCAUGGAAAUCUGACCGCCACUAUGUCGACUUUGGGUAUGGCAACAGUUACAAUGAAACAUGUGAAUAUCCGCGCUUCUGGAAUGAGACAGGAUACCCCGUGGAUGACUACGUUACCAACGAGCUAGGCGGUUGCUAUGACAGUGAUUUUGAUCAAUACGGUGAUAUUGAGGCAUUUGGUGUCUAUCCUGACUGGCAAAGAGAACUCGCUAAAUUUGCCUCCGUGCAAGACCGUUUACGCGAAUGGGUACCUAGUGUUAGGGACCGGCUCAUUCGUCAUUCGUGCAUGAUUAUUAGCUCUCUUGACAUUGACGGAUUUCGCUAUGACAAAGCAACACAAGCGACUGUCGAUGCACUGGGAGAUAUUUCUGGGGCAUAUAGAGACUGUGCUCGGAGCGUGGGAAAAGAAAACUUCUUUCUCCCUGGUGAAAUCACGAGUGGAAACACAUUAGGCUCCAUCUUCCACGGGAGAGGACGACAACCUGAUAUGCAGCCUGAGACCUUAGAAGAGGCAUUCAGAAUCACCAACUCAUCUGAUUCUGCCUACUUCAUUCGAGAUCAUAAUCAACAGGCAACCGAUGCUGCCGCCUUCCAUUAUUCUGUCUACCGCUCUCUUACCAGGUUUCUGGGUAUGGAUGGCAACUUGGCUGCUGGCUACGACGUCCCAGUCAAUUGGACUGAAGCAUGGUAUCAAAUGGUUCUCACCAACGAUAUGGUAAAUGCCAACACCGGCAAGUUUGAUCCACGCCAUAUGUACGGAGCGACAAAUCAGGAUGUCUUUCGUUGGCCGACUGUCGAAUAUGGCAUCGAAAGACAACUACUGGCGCUCUUCAUCACCACAUUGCAUAUGCCGGGAAUUCCUUUGUUGCUGUGGGGUGAAGAACAAGCGUUCUAUAUCUUAGAUGCGACAGCGAGCAACUAUAUCUACGGCCGUCAGGCAAUGUCACCUGCCACGGCUUGGAAAAAUCACGGAUGUUUCCAGUUGAAUUCCACGCAAUAUUUCCAGUGGCCGAUCAAAUCAGGACGGCUGGGUUGCUAUGAUGAGACAGUAACUUAUGACCACCGUGAUCCCUCUCAUCCUGUGCGGAACAUCAUCAAGCACAUGUAUCAGAUGCGACAAGACUUUGGUGCCUUGAAUGAUGGGUGGUGGAUUCAGCUUCUUUCGAAUCAAACACGCAACGUAUAUCUCCCAGGGUCUGAUGGAGUUCCUACGGAGACUGGAAUGUGGUCCGUUCUGCGCAGCCCUUAUCAUCCGAUGCAAGACUUGGGAGAGAUGGGAAAUCAAACUGUGUGGUUUGUUUAUCAAAAUGACAACACAACGGUAGACUACAAGUUUGACUGCUCUGAUGAAAACUUCGCUCUCCUCGCUCCGUUCGACACAAACACCACUGUCAAGAAUUUAUUCUAUCCGCACGACGAGCUGACUUUGCAGGAGGGUCCAGUAAAACUCGGCCUGAAUGGCUCUGAUAACUACAAUGGCUGUCUCGAAUUCAUUACCCUUGCCCCAUUUGAGUUCAGAGCCUACAUCCCCAAAGAGAAAUUUGUCUCACCCCGGCCUAUGAUAACAAAGUUUUUCCCUGGGCACGAUGUUCCAAUACUAUCAUCCGUGGCUCCCGACAAAAGCGAGUCCGUGGAAAUUGGCUUCUUCUUCUCCACGGAGAUGAACUGCUCUGUAGUCACGGACUCAAUAUCACUUGAAUCAACUACUGAGUCAGGAAAAUUUCCCUCGGUGGAUAUUGAAAGUGUCACUUGCGGAAGUACCAUUCCCGAAACUACAUAUUGGACUGGUCAGAUCCCAUCUGUUUGGGCGUGGAGAGCAACCCUGACUGGCGUCUAUAACGGAGUUCAUAAAUUGACCAUAAACAACGCAACCAGCACCGAUGGAAGAGCAACAAACGCCAUCGACCAUUUCCUAAUUCGUGUGGGACAGCAAGAUAACCCCAUGAUCUUCACCUCUGCAAAUUAUUCGAGGAGCUUGCUUCACGAGGGCGAAAACGGCACACUCUUUAUUGCACAACAUGCAGCCGGAGCAGACAAAUAUCGGUAUUCGACCAAUUGGGGUAGUACAUUCUCUGAAUGGCUUCCUUACGAAGGUGGCAACCACACCAUUGAAGAAUUGCCUUGGUCCGGAACAAAGAAACAGAGGUGGGAUGGCAAACAUGUGCGAGUCGAAUACUGGAGUCGCUUUACUGGAAGCAGCGACUAUGUUCAAGAGGGUGAUAGUUCAGACUGGAAUCCCGCUGUUCAUCGUCGCUUCCCUCACCUGUUCUUCAAUGGACCCUUUAACAAGUAUGGGUACGAUGCUGGCUUAGAUAAUAUCGUGAAACAAGACAGCGAUGGCAUCUGGAAGUUUCGCUUCAUGGCCGAGUGGCCUGCCCAGGGUCAGCUCAAUGUCUGGGGAACCAAUCCUGACAAUCAACCAGACCAGAGUUAUAUUUAUGGAGAUUCCAAUGGGGACUCUAUUCUGGACCGCCUGCCACCCUCAUCGCUCAGUGUGACAUCAAUCAAUAUCACGCAACACCCGCCUAGUCCGCAUCUGGCUUGGAUGAUUCAAGUAGACGACUCGAACUUACAGUUCAAGCUUGUCCCCGCGGGAUCUCAAAGUUUUCAAAUGGCUCUCUUCUUCCUACUCUGGACUGUCCCUAUCAUCACAGCAUCGACCUGUGCCUUUGUUUUCAUGAAGACAUUCUAUCGGAUCGAAUUCAACCAGGUUGGCGUGAGUGAAAAGAAAGCGCUUAUUUCUAUGGAUUUGGCCAGCAAAUUCAAAGUCGGACACGUUGAAAAUGGCCAGUCCAGAAACCCCCUUGUACGUCUUGCAGACAAGUCAAAGUUUCUCCAAAGCAGCUCCGCAUUUGGCAAUCGAACUGCCCAUAGACGAAAAGUUCUAAUUGCAACCAUGGAAUAUGAUAUCGACGACUGGGCUAUCAAGAUCAAGAUUGGUGGCCUGGGCGUGAUGGCUCAAUUAAUGAGCAAACAGCUCGGACAUCAGGAUCUUAUAUGGGUCAUUCCCUGCGUCGGUGGUAUACAUUACCCGAUGGACAGACAAGCCGAGUCUAUGUUCGUGAUGAUUCUGGGAAACUCAUACGAAAUCAAGGUUCAAUAUCAUCAGCUCAGAAAUAUCACCUACGUUUUGUUGGAUGCUCCAGUCUUUCGUCAACAAUCUGCUUCGGAGCCCUAUCCGGCCCGCAUGGAUGAUAUGGACAGCGCCAUUUAUUAUUCAGCCUGGAAUCAGUGUAUUGCUCAGACGCUGAAGCGCUUCCCGGUGGAUCUGUACCACGUUAAUGAUUAUCAUGGCGCAGCUGCUCCCCUCUAUAUCUUGCCCGAGACUAUUCCUAUUUGUUUGUCACUUCACAACGCCGAAUUUCAAGGACUUUGGCCAAUGCGGACGCAGAAAGAGAAGACCGAAGUAUGCUCAGUGUUCAAUCUUGAUUUGGAUGUUGCAGCACGCUAUGUUCAAUUUGGUGAAGUUUUCAAUCUUCUUCAUGCCGGCGCAAGCUACCUUCGCCUCCAUCAACAAGGCUUUGGAGCAGUCGGGGUGUCCAAGAAGUACGGAAAGCGCUCUUAUGCCCGCUAUCCAAUCUUCUGGGGCCUAAAGAAAGUUGGAAAUCUACCAAACCCUGAUCCAUCCGACACUGGCGAAUGGAAUAGGGCCUUGCCGAAAGAAAGCGAAAUCAUCAUUGAUAAGGAGUUUGAGUUUGCAAGAGCAGACCUUAAGCGCCAGGCUCAACAAUGGGCCGGCCUUGAGGAAAGACCGGAUGCAGAUUUACUGGUCUUUGUUGGCCGAUGGUCCAUGCAGAAAGGGAUCGACUUAAUCGCCGAUGUUUUGCCUGGUGUUUUGGAAGCGAAACCUACUGUUCAACUUAUCUGCAUCGGUCCUCUGAUCGAUCUAUACGGCAAGUUUGCGGCGUUGAAACUGGAUCGAAUUAUGAAACUUUAUCCUGGUCGAGUAUGCUCCAAACCCCAGUUCACUAUCCUACCACAUUUUAUCUUUUCGGGUGCCGAGUUCGCGCUCAUUCCUUCCCGCGAUGAGCCUUUUGGUCUCGUUGCCGUGGAAUUCGGACGCAAAGGAGCACUCGGGAUUGGAGCUAGAGUAGGUGGCCUUGGGCAGAUGCCUGGUUGGUGGUAUACUGUAGAGUCAACUACCACUUCCCAUUUGUUGAAACAAUUCAAGCUGGCUAUCGAUAGCGCCUUGAGUUCAAAACCCGAAAUUAGAGCGAUGAUGCGCGCCAGAUCUGCCAAACAACGGUUCCCAGUGGCCCAGUGGGUCGAAGACCUCGAAAUUCUCCAGUCCACUUCGAUUCGAGUUCAUCAAAAAGAACGAGCCAAAUCCCAGAAUCCGUCUCCCGCGGUUGGUGCUUAUAAUGCUAUAUAUGGUAUGAUGACGCCACAAGCACCAUCGACAAGAUCGGGGGCGUCGACUCCUCCCUUGCAACCUUCGAGUCGCCCAGGUACUAUGGGCUCUCUUCAGCGAAAUUCUAUCAUUUACAGUCGUGACCCAAGCCCUGGUGGCGAAGUGAGACCCAGAUCAGGGCUCAGUCGCCAAAUGUCUUUUGGUGUUCGCCCGGUUUCUGGAAAUAUCGAAACUCGUGGCCGACGGGACCUUGCUAAAGUUAGUGUUAUUGAGGGCGACGACAACACCGGCAGAGCCUCACCAGAAGCUGAAGAGGAUAGUGACGAGGAGCUGAUGGCAGCUUGCUAUGGAGAUGAUGACUAUUCAAUAUUACCUGAUGGUGCAGAUUCGACCCGAGUCCAGACUCCUCAGUCUGGCGUUGCUCUCACAAAAGAAGCCCUCUCUGCCCAACGCGCAAGCCAAGGUGCUGUGAUGGCUCGAUCCAAUAAUACACCUUCCAGCUCUGCAGCUCCCAGUAUCGUCGGCACUGAAGACACCCUUAUUCCACCGUCCCGUCCUUGGACAGAACCAGGAAACCGCCUCAGCAGUGCGUCGGUGUUGUCUGUCGAUUCGGUUAUCGGCGAGAAAAAAGACUUCAAACUCCAAAAGGUCGACCCAUUUUUCACGGACAGCAACGGCGAGUACUACAAAGUGUUUGAGAAGAGACUUGAAGACCUUAAUGGAGCGAAUUCGGACAACCAACUUUGCAUUGAGCAAUAUCUCGAAAAGAGCGAAAAGAAAUGGUUCAACAAAUUCCGCGAUGCACGUCUUGGUCGGAAUCAAGGAUCUCCGUCUAGUUCAGUGUAUCGUGGCAAAGGUGGUAGUUCCCCAUCUGGCUCAAUCACCAACGAUGACGAAACUUCUCACGGGAGUGGUGGUCACGAAAGAAAAGAGCCACCAACUGAUGAGUUUCUGCUCGGGGAUGACUACGUACCACCAACAGGCCUGAAGAAAUGGAUGCAAAUUCGCAUCGGAGAAUGGCCUGUUUAUUCCCUUUUCCUCGGACUAGGUCAAAUCAUCGCUGCUAAUUCUUAUCAAAUAACCCUUCUCACCGGGGAGGUUGGCCAAACGGCUGAGAAGUUAUAUGGUAUUGCGACAGUGUACCUGGUCACUUCUAUUUUGUGGUGGUUCUUCUUCCGAUACUGCAAGUCGGUGUUGGUUCUUGCUGUGCCAUGGUUCCUCUACGGAACGGCAUUUUUGGUCAUUGGUAUGGCACACUUUGAGCCUGAUUCAUACAGUCGCGGGUGGAUCCAGAAUGUUGGAAGCGGGAUUUAUGCUGCUGCUUCGUCAAGUGGUUCUAUCUUCUUUGCUCUGAAUUUCGGGGAUGAAAGCGGAGCGCCAGUCAAGCAAUGGGUGUUUCGAGCAUGCCUUAUCCAAGGCACGCAGCAGGCAUAUGUUAUUGCUCUUUGGUACUGGGGUUCGACUCUAACAAAAGCUAACAAUGCUGGAAUCACGGAUGUGCAAGGCAGCAUUACGAAUACUUGGAGAAUGACGUGCGUAUUAGUGCUGGGUCUCUCUUCUGGUACAUUGAAAGCUUGCUAA